AUGCUUGAGGAUAUACAAUUCAUUUACAUGAACGUUCGCAUCCUGCGCUUCUGGGCGCUGCUCUACGAUAAAAAUGUGAAACGCUAUUUGUGCAUCACGCUGAGCAUCCUCCAUGUCCUUACACAGCUGCUGUACAUGUUCAGCACCAACGAGGGCAUCACGGGCAUUAUACGCAACUCCUAUAUGCUGGUGCUUUGGAUAAAUACCAUAUUGCGGGCCUGUUUGCUGCUGUACGAUCAGGAUAGCUACAUCCAGCUGAUUGACAAUGUAAGAGCCUACUACCAUGAGCUGGAGCGUAUGAAGGAUAAUUAUAUUGAGCGACUCUUGAUCCAGCUCAAUCGGCAGGGUCGGCUAAUGGCGCGCGGCAAUCUGUUCCUUGGCCUGCUCACAUGCAUUGGCCUUUGUCUAUAUCCGAUUAGUUUCAAUGAGAGAGUUAUGCCCUUUGGCAGCAAAAUACCGGGCGUGAAUGAGUAUGCCACGCCCACCUAUCAAAUUUGGUUCGUCUUGCAAGUGCUUAUCAUACCGAUGGGCUGCUGCAUGUACAUACCCUAUACCAGUCUCUGUGUGGCCUUCAUCAUGUUUGGCAUUGUGAUGUGCAAGUCGCUGCAGCAUCGUUUGCGUUGUCUGAACCGCAGACCCCUCAACAGGCAGGAGCUCUCGCAGGAAAUAAUCGAAUGCAUUAUCUAUCACCAGCGGAUCACAGAUUAUGUGCAAACCAUCAAUAAGCUGACUACUUAUAUAUUUCUCGUGGAGUUUUUGGCCUUCGGUGCGCUGCUCUGCGCAUUGCUCUUUAUGCUCAUAUUGAUGGACACCACGGCACAGGUGGCCAUUGUGAGUGCGUACAUAAACAUGAUACUCGCCCAGAUAUUGGCCCUCUAUUGGUAUGCCAAUGAGCUAAGGGAGCAGAACUUGGCCAUUGCCGGGGCAGCGUUUGAAACCGAUUGGUUCACCUUUGACCUAUCACUGCGCAAAGAUAUACAAUUUAUGAUGUUGCGUGCUCAGCGGCCAGCAUCGAUACUCCUCGGCAAUAUACGACCGAUUACAUUGGAGUUAUUUCAGAAUUUACUAAAUACAUCUUACACAUUUUUUACGGUACUUAAACGUAUUUACGGUUAA